AUGAUGCUCGACGCGGCGGCGACGGCGGGACCGUAUGACGUCGCCGCGGCACAGCAUGCCCACGUCAUGUAUAGCCUCAUCGGUAAGAAGCUGGAAGAUGAGAAGCAGCGCAAGAGGGAGGGUUCCAUUGGGAUGGCGUUGGAUAUGCUACGGCAGAAUCCACAUUUGUUGAGAGCUUCUUGGCCCGGACUGCGGUAUUUGGUCAGCGGGCAGGUUUCGGUGCCGACCCCGACGACCUCUGUGGACGCCGCGGCGGCAGCGGCGGCGCUGGCGGCGCCGGCGCCAGCGGCGACGACAGAGCGGCCAACAGCGGCGGCGGUAGUCACUUUCGCUAUGGACGUCCGGAACCCAGGCUCACCACCACCAGCAGGAGCUGCAGCAGCAGGAACAGCAGCAGCAGGAACAGCAGCAGCAGGCAACGACGGGCUGCUGCCGUUGCCGCCACCGCCCAGCGCCGGCGGCGGUGCUGCGCGGACAAACGGAGCGGUGGUAGCGCCGAUACCGCUGCCACCGCUGCCGUCGGAAACGACUAGCAACGGUGCUGCCGGAGCUGCUGCCAAUGGCAGCCGCCCCCCGGUCAAUACUUCAGGAGGCGCUUCCGGCGCGUCCACCCAGAGAGCUGCCGGUGACGCGGAGCUCUCACGCGACAGCGCCGUGGCAGUUCCGGAUCCGGGAUCUUUCCCAAAUCCAGAUCUGGAUUCUGUCCCUGUUCCAGUGGCAGUUGUAGGCGUGAACUCGGAUGGCGAUGUUGGCGGCACCGGUGGCAUUGGCAGAAGCCGCAACGGCGGCAUGCAAGCUGGAAACAACGCGGCGGCUGCGGUGUCAACCGGGCUAGGGGGCGGCGGGCAGCCGGCAGCCACGCGAAGCGGCCGCGGUUGCUUGCGGUGGGGUUGCUGCUGGGGACUUGGACGAAGCAGGGUGCAAGCCAUCGGCGGCCAAGAUGCAGGGGCGGCGGCAGGGGUGGCGGCGAGCGACACAAAGAGCCGCAGUGGCAGCAGCAGCAUCGGUAGCGUCAACUUCAGCGCUGGAGAACGUCAGAGGUCCAAAUCGCUGCAGGAAGAAAUCCAGCAGAUGGAGACGGAAAUGGUGCACGUGCGCCGUACAUUGCUGAAAGCGCUGGUGGUGUACGACUGGCUGCGGGAAGUCAGCCUACCCGAGAAGCCCGGAGCUAGCUUUGCACCCACCACCUCGCACGGUGCCGCCCGCCGUCAGCUGCACGCGUUGCGGCAGUCCGGCGCUCGCAAGAUCAUCAACCCUCGGACACUGCUGGACAAGAUGCUCAAGGUGUACGGCAGCCUGUCCGACCUUGAUAUUCCGGCUCUUGCGACUACUUUCCAGGAGGCUGUGUGGGAGUGUGUGGGUCUCCCCGGGAGCGAUGAUACCAUUGAGAAAGAGAUGCUCGCGAGCAUCUUCACGCACGAGGUGGACCGGCAAAUCGCCUGGGACGCGCUGGACGGCGACAAGGACGGUAAACUGACGAGGGACAAUGUAAGGUCGGCGGUCAUAAGCUUCCUGCAACAACAGCGCUCCAUGGCGUUGACUGUACGAGCGGUACGACGGCUGACGUCAUCGCUGCAGAGCAGCUUGAUCGCCAUCAUCAACGGCAUCUUCCUGGUGCCGGUCUACUUGUCCAUUCUGGAUGUGGCGAGGUUCUUCUCCAGCGGCGGCGGCUCCAAGACCUCCCUGGACAUAUUCUCCGUGUACGUGCUGGUGGUGUCGCUCAUAUUCAGCGAGCAAAUCAAACACGUGCUGCUGGGGUGCGUGUUGAUCCUGACUCAGCAGCCGUUCGACGUGGGGGAAGAGCUGGUCAUUGAGGAGGCCCCCGGAUGGAGAGUUAUGGGUGUCGUACAGGACUUCAACAUUUUCUACCUGCGUGUGAAGAAGAGUGCCGACGGGGAGCUGGUGACUCUGCCCCUCAACAAGCUGUCCUCCAACCGCUUCACGAACCUCACAAGGUCGGACUGGAAGAUCGAGCAAAACUAUUUCGCGGUUGACGCCUCCACUCCGCCGUCCGUUCUGGAGGAGAUGCAACAGGCCGCCAUGGACGUCAUCACACGUACGAAGAGCGAGUACGACGAGAUGUACGGCUUCCUGGCGGUGUACCACGGCUUUGAGCGGCCCAACAAGGUCAUCAUCCGCACGUUCCAUCGGUACAAGUUCAACCUUUCCGCCGCUCACAAGCGCAUCGCGAACGCGCGUCACGGUAUCAUGUCUGCCGUACGGGAGGUCUUCCACAAGCACGGCAUCGAGUUUACGGAGAUGCGUAUGCAUCUGCCGCUGCCGCCGCACCUAGGGGGCGGUGCAGGGGUGGCGGCGGCAGGGUACGGCGGCCUUGGCGCGCCGCCGGGACCUGCGUCGCCGGCGGCUUUGAGCGAUGCGUUGGGAGCUGGUUCAGCUGCCGCAGCCGCCUGGGCGGUGGCCGGCGGAGGCGGCCGUCGCGGGUUCGGCACCCUGGGAGGCGGCCGAGCUUGA